UCAGUUGUUUUUUUUUUUUUCUCUAGCUUUGCCGAAUAAACGUAGUUCAUUUUAUUUAUAUUUUAAUUAAAAGUUUAAAUUUUAUUACAAAAAAUGGCUGAUUUCUCAAUGUAUUCUGAAUCAGAAGAUGAUUACAAUGCAUCAGAUACCGAAAUUCAAGAAGCAUUUGCCCGAGGUGACCUAAAACCUGGACUAAACAUUGAAUUUAAUCCACAAAGUGAAAAGAAAAAUGAUAUUCUAAAAAUGGCUGCAAAGCUCGACGAAAUGAAACAAGACUUGCCUUGGUUGGAACGCAUGGACCUUGUCAAUGAUUUAGCUCCACUUGCUCCAGAACUUGCCAUUCAACUUGAAAAACACGAACAGAAACGUGCGAGCGUAUUCAAAGGCAAUGCCAAAAUACCUUACCUUCGACCUGAAGAAGAUCCCGUCUUAAAUGAUUUCAAACGAGAAAUGCUCUUCCAUCGACAAGCUCAGUCAGCCGUAAUCGAAGGAAUCAAAAAGCUCCAUGAACUCGGAAUAGUUACUCGCAGACCAGACGAUUAUUUUGCCGAAAUGGCAAAAACCGACGAACACAUGCAAAAGAUUCGUUCAAAUUUGAUGGCCAAACAAGAAGGUCAAGCCAAAUCCGAACGCAUUCGACAAAUUCGUGAACAAAGAAAAAUGGGUAAAUUGUUGUCGAAACAGACCAAAGUGCAACGUGAAAUGGAAAAGAAAGAUAUGCUUGAUCAGUUGAAGAAAUUCCGCAAGGGUAAACUAAAGAAUUUGGAUUUCUUGGAAGAUGCCAAGGCAUUGGAAGCAAAGAAGAAGAAGUCGGCUGAUGGAAGAAAGUCACGUAAUAAGAAGUUUGGUUUUGGUGGUAGGAAGAAGGGGCUGAAGAAGAAUACCAAAUCGUCGGCUGCCGGUUUAGAGAAUACCAAGUUUAAGUCGAAGAAGGGAGUCAAGGCGGCACCUGGAGCUAGAACUAGACUGGGCAAGUCUAGACGGAUGAAAGCUCGUUCCAAGAAGUAGAUAGAUAUUUAAGAUGAUGUUUUAGGCUAAACUAUAGAAAUAUGUAAUCCUCUUCUUUUUUUUUAUUGACAAUAAAAUCUAAUGGAUUUUUAUUCUUUAUAAAUGAAAA